CCAGGCACCUUUUGAAGUUUUCAAUAGACCGAGUAGUCAAUGAUAUCACAUUUACCUUUGAUCGACAAGGCCGUUCUAGUUUUCACCAAAUCAAUAAGCUCCUCCAUUUCCCACACUUUGUUGUUAAACACCACUUCAUAGCCAAAUGGUCCACAAAGUUGCAGAGAAGCAUGCUUGCUUGCCUUGUUGGAACAUGCCUAGCAUAAUUUUUUCAGAUUCUUGAAUUUGUAAAAAUGCCAGUAUUGUAGAAAAACUUGAAGAGUUGGAGGGCAUAACCGAGUCAUCCCCCACCAAUGCAAACCAUAUUUUCCAAGAGAAAUUGCAAAGUAAGAGAAGGUGGACCGGGGAUUCCCUCUCACCAUUGCAGUAGGGGCAGAGGUCUAGAUCAGCAACAACAAUUCCUCUACUAACUAGAUCAGACUUUGAGGCUAUAUAUGCUAUUUUGGAUAGCCAUUCACACAAAUAAUUCCACUUUUGGUGGAUAGAUAUUCCUCCACUUUAGGUGGCACUUUGCUUACAUAUAAAUUAUUUUAGACUAUGCCUUUGUAACAACUUCAAAAGUACGUGGGCUACAUUCACGUCUUCUUAAAAAGUAAGAAUUCUUAAAAGGGACGAACAAUUAAUACAUAAGAAAGAUAGUAAGCCUUUGCGAUAUUUCAAUGUAUAUUCAUGUUGCUUGUAUAUUAUGAUUCUCCUCCUCAUCUCCCGUGGUACCCAAACUCCGACAGGAAGAUGGCAACCGAGCUGUUCGAAGAUGCCCACUCCGGCCUACGAAAAGAUGCCGAGGAAGCCCUGAAAUCAAUGAACAGUGGCCUGCUCCUCGUCUCUGCACUCAUCAGCACCAUCAACUACGCUGCAGUUUUCGCUCUCCCCGGAGGCUUCGAUUCCAACAGAGACAGCCGGGGUUCUGGCCGCCCGGUCCUGUAUGGUACGGACAAAGAGCGAGACCUGCUCCUUUUCUUGUGUUUCCCUGGCGUCGCCCUGUAUGCCACCUUUUUAUCGCUGGUGGAGAUGGUCGUGAUCCAGAUGUCCAAGUUCGCGAGCAGCGACUUCUUCACUGCAUUGCCCUUCAGGUACAUCCUCACUAUAACAUCGUUGUACGUCUCUGUCGUCUUCAAGAUCUUGGCCGUCUUCGAAGCCUACGACAUCAUCCACUUACACAUCAACCUUCACGAGGGAGAUCGCAACGCCCAUAUACAUCAUCUGAGAACAACAAGAACCCCCACACUCCGCUGCCGCGGAUUCCGCUGGAACUCGUCAAAGACCUCGGCGGCCGAGCCACCUUUGUGGCGUAAGCCACAAGAGAAAAUCAGCAGCAAUGGCGAGACCCCUCUGGCGACGUCGUCUAAGGGCCAAGCUCGCGAGAAGAACUCCUCAGCACACUGCGGCAGCAAGAGGCUGUGA